AAAUUUUUCAGGAGAAUAAUGAUUUGGAAGAACUAACGAGAUGGGUAGGUUGCAAGGAAUAUUUACAUUCAAAUCAAGUAGAACCAACAUUACCGGCGAAAAUGAAUAUUACGAAGUUGUACAAGAUUUUCAUCGACAAAAAACGUGAAGUUUUCUUCCAUAAGGGGAACCCAAGUGGGAAUGUUGCAGCCAAUCAAGCUCUUACAUCUCAGUUUGAUGAGUGCCUCAUUUACCACCGCGCGCUCGCUUUGAAAUAUAUUUUAGAAGCUAAGUGUAAACUUUUGUCCUGUUAUCGAGAAUGCGAUGAAAACAUAGAGUUAAAUACAUUGAAAAUAGGUAUUGUGCAAAAAUUCAACAACAGAUACUAUUUCGCCCACAGAACGUUCGCCGAAUACUUUGUCGCCAAAAGUUUACUAAGAGAACUACAGUUAGAGAACCCAAACGUAUUAUUCCAAAAGUUCCUAAUCGAAGAGAUACUAACGUAUCCUGAAUACAAUGUUAUUCGCUCGUUUUUCAACAGUUGUCUACAUAAUGUUGUAGAAUCUUUACCCUCUAACGUUCUCGAAGAUUAUCAGUUCCUCAUAUACGAGAUAGACCCGCGCAAGAAACAAAAAUUUAACCUAAUUCACGAAAUGGCAUCAGAAGGUUGUGUAUCAAUUCUCCAGUUCCUCUUCAAGUGUAUCGGUUUUAACACUACUGGAGGAAAAGAAAGAAAACGACCAAGUUUUUACGAAACCAAUGCAGGCACGCAGAAUCAAAAUAAAGUUUUUGGUAAUACAUUAAAUAUCAUACAGUCUCUUGUUGCACGGGAUGGAGUCAACAUUAAAGAUAGCACCGGCAAGUCACCGUUACACUAUGCCAGUAAAAAUGGUCGUUUGGAGUGUGUGAAGUUCCUAAUUGAACAAGGUGCUGACGUCGAUAUUAGAGACUCGGGAGAUUUCGUUCCACUUCGUGAAGCCGUGAAAGAAAACCAUAUUGACGUAGUAAAAUUUUUGAUAGAACAAGGAGCAGAUAUUAAAGCGAAAGACAGGCUUGGUCAUACCGUCCUCUAUGAAGCUAUCAUGGAAGAUCUAGUCAAUAUCGCCUCGUAUAUUCUGGGAACAAUUGUUGGUAGCGUCGAAGACAAUAUCGCGGACAUUAUGGUUCCUUAUGCGGCAGCUUACUUGGGCCAGUUAAAUAUCCUUGAAGAAACAGUUCGUCAAGGAGAUGUGAAUUGCAGAAUUGGAAAUGGCGAGUCUUUGAUUUUCGGAGCAGUGCGUGGAAAGCAACUAAUUACUAUAAGAUAUUUGGUGGACAAGGGCGCUGACGUCAAUAGUAAGGAUGAAGACGGUAACACACCCCUAUGUCUAGCUGCUUUGAAAGGCCAAUUGGAAGCUGUUAAAUUACUUGUAGAAUGCGGAGCAGAUGUCAAUGUUGGAAAUAACGAACGACGCACGGCACUACACAUAGCGGCGUCAUGGGGUCGGUUGGAUACGGUCGAGUUUUUUGUUAACUGUGGCGGUAACGUUAAUAUUGGAGACAGCGACGGUUACACGGUGUUACAUUUAGCUGCCGAAGAGGGUUUGUUGGAUACGGUUAGAUUUCUUGUAGACCGUGGGGCCGAUGUGAAUACAAAAGGUUAUGACCAUCGCACGGCACUAUUUUUAGCUGCUCUGCAGGGCGAGUUGGAUACCGUCAAAUUCUUAGCGGAACGGGGUACCGAUGUUAACUAUAGAGACAACGACGGCUCUACUGCAUUGUUCUUAGCCGCUGAGUAUGGUGAGCUGGAUACUGUUAGGUGCCUUUUGGAAUGCGGUGCCGAUAUUAAUAUCAAAGAUAACGAUGGAUAUACUGUGUUGCAUUUAGCUGUUUUGGCUUAUCGUCAUCUGGACACAGUUGAAUUUCUUGUGCAAUGCGGUGCAGAGGUGGAUAUUAGAAACUGCGACGGUCGCACUGCACUGUUUGUGGCUAUCGAGGAAGGUAAUUUGGACGCUGUCCUCUUUCUCGUGGAAGCUGGUGCAAAUAUUAACGUUACAGAUAAUGAAGGCUUCACGGCAUUACAUAUGGCUGUUAUUAAGCGUCAACCCGAAAUCAUUAGAACUCUUGUGGUAUCUGGUGCAGAGCUUAAUAUUAAAAGUAAUAGUGGCUGGACGGUACUGCAUCUGGCUGCUGUUUGGGGAAACUUGGAUGUCGUGAAAGUCCUUUUCUACAAUGGUGCUGACGUUAGAGUUAGACGUAGGGACGGUCAAACUAUGCUAUUUUUAGCAGUUAAGAAGGGCCAUUUAAACGUUAUUAAGUUUUUUAUAAUAGAGGCAGGCGUGGAUAUUAAUAUUAAGAAUAGCAUUGGCCGCACGGUAUUGCAUUGUGCUGCUUCAUCAGGUAGGAGCGAUAUCGUAGAAUUUUUAACAGAGAAUGGCGCGAAUAUUGACGUUAAGGAUUUUUACGGAAACACGGCCGCUACCUUAGCUAAAAGGAGGGGACACUUAAACCUACUCAGAUAUUUGGAGAAAGAAAGCGUGAAACCAAUAUGGACUCAAUUAUGUUUCCGUUGCCUAAAAUAACUAUCUUUAGAUAUUAUUAUGGCUUUCCUCGACGGAGUAUACAUACCUGUUAUAACUAGGUAUCCACUUCAAACGACUUCACUGUAGAGUAGCUAUUUCGUACAAUGUUGAUAUUUUGCAUACCUAGAUGAUAAUGUCAAAGAGUAUGACUUCACCUGAUCUCUCUCGUCAGAAAGAUCAGAAGAAUAAUGUUAAAGAGUAUGACUGCAUCUCAUGUCUCUCAUCAAGAAGAUCGGAAGGAGUUGGAGUUGAUUUGAAUUAGCCAACGACCAGCGGACAAAUUGUGCCAACUCUACCGAUCACAUUAUGAUACGAAAACAUUUUGGUUAUGUAUUUCUGGCAAAAAUAACCACUUUUUAACUGUUGAGAUUUUUUCGAAAAAAGCUUCGUUUUCGAUUUAAGGUCGAAAAAUUUUGACAUUAUUGCUGGA